AUGUCUGAUUAUACAGAAUCUCACAAAGUAUUACUAACAUAUAUACGAUCAUGUAGAUAUGUUGAACAAUCUGAAUUAUUAGGAAAUUUUGUUCUUAUUUGUAAUGCAUACAAUAUUCAAUCACCACUGAAUGAGUUGUUGGAUAAUUAUAUUGGUACUAUAAACUCAAGAAUAUCACAUCAAAUGUUUAAGAUUGAUAGAAAGAAGCACGAAGUUACUGGAGAUUUAUAUUACAUUUUUAUAAACACUACCCCUAAUGAAAGUAUUAAACAAAGUACUACUUAUUCCCCAGUUGAAUUGGAUGCUAUUAAAGGUUUAAUUGAUAGUAUUAUAGAAGCUCCAGAUUUUAAAUAUUCCAUUGGGAAAAGUAAUGCUCAACGUAGUAUUGCUAGUACAUUAAAUAGAAGUCUAGCUGAAACUUCUGCAUUUAUUACUGAACUAGUGGAUGAAGGAUGGUUUACAAUAACCCUUCAAGAAAGAUUGUUAUUAUCCAUCAAGUCCCUUUGUGAAUUGAAGACUUAUCUUAUUGAUAGAUAUGGAAUCUACAGUACUGAAAGUGAUGGAAAAAUUUUGAUAUGUGCACAAUGUAAGGAAUUGGUAACUUUAGGGUUUAUUUCUGUUUCGGAUAAUCCACUUAGUUUCCAUAGAACAUGUUACGAUGUUUACUGUAGAAAUAACAAUGUCGAUCCUGAUGAAUCAAGUUUAUGUCAAGUCGGACCAGAUCCAACUACUAUAUAA